AAUUAAUACCCAUUUUGACCGUUUAUUCAUAGUGAUAAAUGUGUAUUGGGCUCGGUUAGCAAUGCACAAUAUUCAUUAUUAUAUUAAUUAUUAUUAUUAUUAUUAUAUCAAUAUCAUACACUCCAUACAAUAUGUUUUUAUACUCUCAAUAGUCCAAGACAUCUUUUGUGACUUAAUUUGAAGUUUAUGCUACGAGCUCUAUGUACGAGAAAAAGCGACACAGAGUGUUGAGUUAUACGCAAGAACCAAUACUUUAUUGGAUAAAAGUAAUAACAUGAGAAACCUUGAUUUUUUUUAAAAGUGAGGAUAUAUUUUGCUUUUUAGUUUGCCCACUUUUCUUUACAUUUCACAUAGAGGUCUUGUUAUUUUCACAAAAUUUAUAACGGUAUCAUACUUGGCGGGUCUACCCGACCCGGUUCCGAGACUCGUUGGGUCCGGGUCCGGGUCCAAAUUUUUAGACCCGCCGGGUAAACGGGUCGGGUCUAGGUCCAUUAUUAACUUAGCGGGUCCGGGUCUGGAACACUACAUUCCGGCCCGGACCCGACCCAUUGACAGGCCUAAAUGAGGGUUGGUACUCUUGAUUUGUGUCAAUACAUUUUUACAUAAAAAUUUGUACAUUAUGCUUAGAAAAUCAUACCUAACUUUUCAAGUGACUUUAAUAACCAUAAUGGUGUAAACUUCCGUUAAGUUACUUGUGAUUCAUAAAGACAUUUAAACUGGUCUUUCUGGACUUUUGGAAGCCUCCGGUCGAGAAUAGAAUCACCAUUAAUUUGGCUACUACCCAAACUGGUCUUUCUCAUAGUACGGCCUUCCUUGUUAGGAAUCAUAAGGGCGAUCUUAUUGGUCAUGAUUGCCGUAGGACAAUGGCUAAAUCUCCCCAACAUGCUAUCAUUACUUGCAUCCUUUAUGCCUUAAUAUUUUGCAGUGAUAAUCGGUGGGUAAUUGAUUCCAUUCAAAUUGAUGACAAGAAGGCCGAUCGAGCAAUUAAGACGCACUGUGUUGGUUAUUGGGAUGAUAUCUACACUAUUACUCGCAUUAGGAGGAUCUUGAAUCGGCAAUCCAUUCCCCUCGAGGUCAUUAACAAAGCAGUCAACCGGGCAGCUCAGUAUAUCAGUAAAGGAAACAACUCACAAACUACUCAUUUCACGAAUAUCUUGAAAUUUGAUGCUAUUGGAUUCCCUUAUGUAAUUCUAUAACUCUGGGAGUAGGCAUUGGUUUGGUCCUCCUACUUUCUGU